AUGGUGUUGGACCCGUACACCAGGUCUGGUGACAGUGUCCGUGAGGACGCCCCAGAGGGCUGUCCCACCAGUGAGUUCAAUAAAGAGAACCUGCCUCCAGUCAUGCAAAACGAGAUCGAGUUUGCCAUCAAGGACUGUCGCAAGUACAGCUGCGGCACUUCGGUUAGAUCAGAGUGCAAGACUGUGGGGAACUUCCGCUUCAGGUUGCUGAUAUUUCCGGGUGGAACUCAAACCGCUGGGGGACAGCAGGUAUCGGCAUUCGUUGAGGCAGACCCCGUGGAGGGGCUCGACCCCAGGUGGUGCUUCCAUGGCGUGAAAUACCAGAUCAGUCUGGUAAAUUGGACAGACUACCGACGAAGUGUCACCAAGUCCGAUAUCUGGUCCUUUUCCAGAGACGGCAUCGACCGCGGCUGGCAUGACAUGGUCAGAGUUGCAGAGCUGAUGCCUGAAAGCGGCUGGCUUGGACCUGACAACACCCUCCUCUUCCGGGCGGCAUGCUAUGUGCGAGCUGCAGACCAACUGAAUCUGCCCAAUGAUUAUAGCUGCAAGAAGGAGACGGGCUUCACCGGCCUGAAGAACCAUGGAGCGACUU